AGAGAGGGAGGCGGGCGUAAGAAUGCGGAGAGCAAUAAAUGCUCGCCUCCAACUGGAACAGCCCCACACUCGCCUCGCGUCGCCUCGGUGCUCCUGCUUUUGCUGUUGCUGCUGCGGUGCUCAUUUGUUGCUGCUAUUAAUGCCACCCUCACCUCCUCCUCCCUCUCCAUCUCCCACCUAGCUCAGGGGUUGAUGCGGGGUUCCGGAUGUGGAACGCGACGGAGGCGGUUUUCUCCAGGUCCAGCUCCUUCCGGGAAUGCGGCGAGGACGACGAGGAGGCCCUCCGUUGGGCCGCCCUCGAGCGCCUCCCUACCUACUCCCGUGUCCGCCGAGGGAUCUUCCGCGCCGCCGCCGGGGACUACUCCGAGGUCGACGUCGCCAGGCUUAGCUCCGGGGAUCGUACGGCCUUGAUCGACCGCUUGCUCGGCGACCCCGGUGACGCCGAGCACUUCUUUCGCCGGAUCCGCCAGCGAUUCGAUGCAGUAAAUCUGGAAUUUCCGAAGAUUGAGGUUCGUUUUCAAGAGCUGAAGGUAGAUGCAUACGUUCACGUAGGAAGUCGAGCAUUGCCCACAAUUCCCAAUUUUAUCUUUAACAUGACAGAGGCUUUCAUGAGGUAUCUGAGGAUCUUUCCGGGUAGGAGGAGGAAAUUGACAAUACUAGAUAGUAUUGGUGGGAUCAUCCGACCUUCUAGAAUGACACUGCUUUUGGGUCCACCAAGCUCCGGAAAGACAACUUUGCUUUUGGCACUUGCUGGAAGACUAGGGAACAAUCUUCAGAUGUCAGGGAACAUUACUUACAAUGGGCAUCAAUUGAAUGAAUUUGUUCCUCAAAGAACAUCUGCUUAUGUUAGUCAGCAAGAUUGGCAUGCUGCAGAGAUGACAGUCAGAGAGACAUUAGAAUUUGCAGGACGUUGUCAAGGUGUUGGAAUUAAAUAUGAUAUGCUUAUGGAACUUUCACGGAGAGAAAAGAGUGCUGGAAUAAAACCUGAUGAGGAUCUAGAUCUAUUUAUGAAGGCACUAGCUCUGGAGGGCAAGCAGACCAACCUAGUAGUGGAGUAUAUACUAAAGAUUUUAGGGCUGGAUAUAUGUGCUGACACACUUGUUGGAGAUGAGAUGAUUAAAGGUAUAUCAGGAGGGCAAAAGAAACGUCUAACAACAGGUGAAUUACUUGUAGGGCCAGCUAGAGUUUUGUUCAUGGAUGAGAUUUCAACUGGGCUAGACAGUUCAACCACUUACCAAAUAAUUAAGUAUCUGAAACACUCUACUCAUGCACUUGAUGGAACCACAAUCAUCACUUUGCUGCAACCAGCCCCUGAAACUUAUGAGUUAUUCGAUGAUAUCAUUCUUAUAUCUGAGGGCCAAAUUGUUUAUCAAGGACCUCGUGAUGCUGCUGUCGAAUUCUUUAGUUAUAUGGGCUUUAGGUGCCCUGAACGGAAAAAUGUUGCUGAUUUUUUGCAAGAAGUUACAUCUAAAAAAGACCAGCAGCAGUACUGGUAUCUAGAUGACUGUCCAUACCAAUUUAUACCUGUAUCAAAGUUUGCAGAUGCUUUUAAUUCAUUUCAUGUCGGUAAGAGGUUAUCCGAGGAAUUAGCUGUCCCAUAUAACAGACAUAAUAACCAUCCUGCAGCUUUGUCAACAUCUAGAUAUGGUGAGAGAAGGUUUGACCUUCUUAAGGUCAACUUUGCAUGGCAACUGUUACUAAUGAAGAGGAAUUCAUUUGUCUAUGUCUUCAAGUUCAUUCAGCUUUUGCUUGUUGCCCUCAUUACAAUGACGGUCUUUUUCCGGACAACCAUGCACCGUAAUUCAGUGGAUGAUGGAAUUGUCUAUGUUGGAGCACUGUAUUUUGCUUUAAUAAUGAUUCUGUUCAAUGGGUUCACUGAAGUUUCCUUGUUGAUAACUAAGCUUCCGGUGAUCUACAAGCACAGGGACUUGAACUUUUAUCCUGCUUGGACAUAUACAAUUCCUUCUUGGAUUUUAAGCAUUCCAACUUCACUUAUGGAGACUGGAAUGUGGGUGGCAGUUACAUAUUAUGUAGUUGGUUAUGAUCCACAAAUAACAAGAUUCCUGUCACAAUUCCUUUUGCUUUUCUUUCUUCAUCAAAUGGCUUUAGCUCUUUUCCGUGUGAUGGCUUCCUUGGGUCGUAAUAUGAUCGUUGCCAAUACUUUUGGAUCUUUCGCAAUGUUGGUCGUCAUGAUUCUUGGAGGAUUUAUAAUUUCAAAAGAUAGCAUCCCAAGUUGGUGGAUAUGGGGCUACUGGAUCUCUCCCCUGAUGUAUGCACAGAAUGCUAUUUCAAUUAAUGAGCUACUUGGACAUUCUUGGGACAAGAAAGUUGCCAAGGAUAACAUUACUUUAGGUGAAUCAGCAUUGAAAGAAUAUGGCAUGUUUACUGAAAGUUAUUGGUUCUGGAUUGGAAUCUGUGCAUUAUUUGGCUACACAAUCCUAUUCAACAUCCUUUUUACUCUGUUCUUGACCUACCUUAAUCCGCUAGGAAAGCAACAAGCUGUGGUGUCAAAAAGUGAACUGCAAGAGAGGGAGAAAAGGAGGAAAGGGGAGAAACUUGUCAUUGAAUUAAGGUCUUAUUUGAGCCCAAACAUACAAACAGGAACAAAUGGUAAGGAAUUACAGAAGGGCAUGGUUUUACCUUUUCAACCUCUUUCCAUGAGUUUCAGCAAUAUUAACUACUAUGUUGAUGUACCACUGGAACUGAAGCAACAGGGUAUAUUAGAGGAUCGGCUACAAUUAUUGGUUAAUGUGACUGGAGCAUUCAGGCCUAGUGUACUGACAGCACUUGUUGGAGUAAGUGGUGCUGGUAAAACUACCCUAAUGGAUGUUUUGGCUGGUAGGAAAACUGGCGGAUAUAUUGAAGGUAGCAUAACAAUUUCUGGUUUUCCAAAAAAUCAAGCAACAUUUGCAAGAAUCUCUGGAUAUUGUGAGCAGAAUGAUGUCCAUUCUCCUUGUAUGACUGUAAUAGAAUCACUACUAUUUUCAGCAUGGCUUCGUUUGCCUUCUCAUGUUGAUCCGGACACUCGAAGGGUUUUUGUGAAAGAGGUAAUGGAACUUGUGGAACUUACUUCCUUAAGUGGAGCCCUUGUUGGCCUUCCAGGGAUCAACGGGUUGUCCACAGAACAGCGCAAAAGGUUGACGAUAGCUGUGGAGCUUGUUGCAAACCCUUCUAUAGUCUUCAUGGAUGAACCAACAUCAGGAUUGGAUGCCAGAGCUGCAGCAAUUGUCAUGAGAACUGUUAGAAAUAUAGUUAACACUGGGCGAACAAUCGUGUGCACAAUUCAUCAGCCAAGCAUAGACAUCUUUGAGUCCUUCGAUGAGCUUCUGUUCAUGAAGCAUGGAGGAGAACUUAUUUAUGCUGGUCCUUUAGGUCCCAAAUCUCGCAAGCUAGUUGAGUUUUUCGAGGCAAUUCCUGGAGUUCCUAAGAUCAAGGAUGGCUAUAAUCCUGCUGCAUGGAUGCUUGAAGUGACUAGUCUUAUGUUGGAAAAUCGCCUAGGCAUGGAUUUUGCUGAUUAUUAUAGAAAAUCAAAAUUAUUUCGACAGAAUAAGGAUUUGGUGGAGAAUCUGAGCAAACCAAACAGUGAAACAAAAGAACUGAGUUUUCCAACCAAGUAUUCACAGUCAUUUCUUGCCCAAUAUCGUGCUUGCCUUUGGAAGCAGAAUCUCUCUUAUUGGAGGAAUCCUCAGUACACAGCAGUCCGUUUCUUCUACACUGUCAUCAUAUCUUUGAUGUUUGGAACUAUCUGCUGGGGUUUUGGCUCCAAAAGGCAAAAACAACAGGAUAUCUUUAAUGCCAUGGGAUCCAUGUAUGCUGCUGUCUUGUUCAUUGGUAUUACCAAUGCCACUGCAGUUCAACCUGUGGUUUCCAUAGAAAGGUUUGUUUCCUACAGGGAGAGAGCAGCUGGAAUGUACUCGGCUCUACCAUUUGCAUUUGCUCAGGUUUCUAUCGAAUUUCCAUAUGUGCUUGUACAGACACUUGUCUAUGGCACCAUAUUUUACUGUAUGGGCUCUUUUGAGUGGAGCCUGGCUAAGUAUUUGUGGUAUAUAUUCUUUAUGUAUUUCACUUUAUUGUACUUCACCUUCUUCGGCAUGAUGACGAUCGCAAUAACUCCAAAUCAUACUGUUGCACCGAUAAUUGCUGCACCAUUUUAUACACUAUGGAAUCUCUUUAGUGGGUUCAUGAUCACGCAUCAGAGAAUACCUGGGUGGUGGAGAUGGUAUUACUGGGCUGAUCCAAUAUCAUGGACUUUGUAUGGCCUACUUACUUCCCAGUUUGGGGACGUAGAUGCGCCCAUGAAUCUUUCAGAUGGUAUUCACUCAAUGAGCAUAAAGCUGUUCCUGAAGCACCACUUUGGUUUCAGGCAUGAGUUCCUGGGUGUAGUUGCAGUCAUGGUCGUUGGUUUCUGCGUCCUCUUUGCUGUGGUAUUUGCUCUGGCAAUUAAAUACCUCAACUUCCAAAGAAGAUGAUAGAACACAACAGUCUUCUUGCCCUUUAAAUAUAUUAUUUCAUCCAUAAUAAGUUCCUCCCCCAAAUAAUGCACAUGUUUAAAGAAGAGAGAACUGUACAGCACCAGAUUCUUUUGAUAUGGGCAGUUGCAGGAGAUACACCAAAAGGAAGCAACCAUGAACCAGGCAUUCUCUCUUUCUUAUCUGCAUCUUUGUUGUGUUGCAUUUCUAUGAUCCGAGUCAUCUUUAGAUCCAAAACAGAAUCAUUUUCAGUGAGAUUUAUCAGGUUUUUGUGAAUGAAAUGGCGAAGUAGAUCCUCUGCUUCUUUUGUUUACUCUUUUGCACUUGUGCAAAUGGUACAGGGAAUGAAUGUCCUGUUGAGCAGGCAAAAGCCCAAAGUUCAAGCAAUCAGUUUUCGUGAAAGAAUUAUACUUUUAUCAGUGUCUGUUAUUUUGCUACGAUCCAUGAAAUUAUCUAUUUUCUUAUAUCAACAGUUUGAUGGAAUAAUUUGGUGUUUCUAUGGUCCCCUUUAUGUGUUUGGGAUAUUAUACACAUUAAGAUGAUGAGAAAGAUUCAAGUUUUCUUAUAUCAACAGUCUUUUUAUUUCUCAUCGCUCA